GGUGGUUCCGCGACUUUCUCCCGGGCGACGUGGAUGGUCUAAAGUAGAAAACUUUCCGAGAGUUUGGGCGGAGAAGGGGAUGGAGAGGAGUGGCGGUCUGUCUGUUUCGGGCUCGCUGCGGCGGUAGCGGAGCCGCUGUCUGUCUGCUCCGGGGUAACGGGGGCUGCGCCGCGCCCUGGAUGCAAUGGACGGGGCCGUUAGCAUCAUUCUGCUGUCGUUGGCCAUGUUCGGGGGCUCGCUGCUCCUGGGACUCAUCCCGCUGGUCAUCAGACUGCCUGAGGCGAAGCUGAAGUUUGUGACGGUGCUGGGUGCAGGUCUGCUUUGUGGGACAGCGCUGGCUGUGAUUAUUCCAGAAGGCAUCGAGCUGCUGCUGGCCAGCCCUUUGACAGCUCAGCGGUGGAACCUGACCCAGAGUCACAUUGCCGUGGGCACACAGGAGGUUGAGGGGAGAGAGGCCGGAGCCCAGCAGUUAGUACCCCCGCACUUCUUCAUCGGUAUCUCCCUGGUUACUGGAUUCCUGCUGAUGUUUGUCGUUGAUCAGGUCACCAGUUGUAUCGCCUGGCAGGGAGAUGAAACCAGAGAGCCAGGCCAACGAAGCCAACCCGCUACAAGCACCCCACCUGUAGCCGGCACCAGCACAGAACAGGGGAGAAGAUCAGGGGCUGGAUCCAGUCUGACUGCCACCCUUGGCCUUGUUAUCCAUGCAGCAGUGGAUGGUGUGGCACUAGGAACUGCUGCAGGAUCUUCCCAGCUCUCACUCCAGCUCAUCGUCUUCUUUGCUGUUAUCCUGCACAAGGCACCUGCGUCAUUUGGUUUGGUCUCAUUCCUGAUGCAUGCUGGGCUGGAGAAGAGGCAGAUCCACAAGCACCUGCUGGCCUUCUCUCUGGCUGCUCCACUGCUGGCCAUCAGCACCUUCUUCAUUGUCCGCAAGAGCAGUCUGGAAUCUCUGCAACAGACCAAGGCCACCGGCAUUGGGCUGCUCUUCUCCGCUGGAACCUUUCUCUACGUUGCAUCUGUGCACGUUCUUCCUGAGGUCAGUGGGCAACAUUCCCACCAGGUCACCAAUGGACAUGGCAAGAAAGGGCUGGGCUUCCUGGAGAGCCUGACGCUGAUUGUGGGCUGUACCAUUCCUGUUUUCCUUUCGCUGGGACUCCAUGAUGGCUAGUUGUGGUUCGGACCACAGCUCUCAUCUUCAGCCCUGCCCUACCCCUGCUCGAACUGCAAGGGCAGGGCAGCUCUGAAACAGCCCCCCAUUCAAAUUCUGGAGGUGGAUGCUGCAAGAAAAUUGACAUCUUGAAAAACUAACAGCCCGUGAUCAUCUAUGUUAAGGUGAUGUGGAGCACUUGGGAGAGCCAAUGUAUUAUGUUGGAGCAUAGAAGAAGGGGUCUAUGCCCCCUUGUGCCAGUUAGUAAUCUGGAGUCAUCACCACCAGUGCAGGAGAGUUUGCACUUUUUCUUUAACACAAACUCUACCCCCUCUCUCACACUGACCAUCAUGCACAUUCUCACUAUCACACACAUACUCACUCCUUCUGAUAUCUAUCAAAUCUUUAACAGGUACACAGAGAAUGCUCAGGAGAGCAAAGCAGGUAAAUGAGAGCCUGAUUACUCCCUUGGUACAUUUGCAACAAAGUCAUAUAGUUUUUACGAGUGACUUUUCCAAGCAAUCUUUUCUUCUUUUCAAAUAAUUUUAUCAGAUGGACUUUAGUGAGUGGUGGUAAGACACAUUUAGUUGAUGUCACUGGGGCCAUGUGCAAGAUCAUUCAUUGUCUAUUUAGACAUUGAAUGUAAAAACACAUCCUUGCUCUGCCUUGAGUGCUAGGAUGGCCAGUGUGAUGAACUAUCAAGGAGGUAAAAGAAUCCUGUAACAAACUUUCAGAUGAAUCUUUGGUGAUGACCCAUUUGUAGAACAGAAGGGAAUGAACUAUCAUUGUAAACUCCACCAGGGUGGAGAUGAAUUAUUGGUGGAGAAGUGCAGAGUAGGAGUUGUAGAUUAUUAUGGCAAAUAGAACAAGAAACGGUGAGUGUAUAUUGCUGGAGUAAUAGGAAGAGGAAAUGAAUUACUGGGGUAGUGGUGUGGGAGAUGAUGAAUUAAUAGGGUUGAGGAGGCAUAGAGGAAACCAGCAUCAACAUUAUACUGGUGCAUUAGAACAAGUUCUGAGGAAGUUCGGCCCCAGUGGCAUUUCUUAAGCAGUGCUAUGUCUGAGAUGUGCAAUGAAUGAGUCACAGCCUCAAGCUAGCUACUGUAACUGUGGCAGGAAUAUGAGAGGGAUUGUUAAGUUUCUAUCUCUUACUGGCUUGUCAGACUUGACUUUGCAGUCAUGUGGUGCAAAAGUACAGUAGUUUGUUUACGAGCAGUAAGGACCCCUUCAGUAGGGAGUGGGGUUGGGCAGUGGGGAAAUGAGCAGAAUGGUUUUAUUCUGGAGUUCAUUGUGUAUUUGCCUGUACCUGUUGAGACAUUACACUCAUUGCUCUGAAGAUGUUCAGUCUCUUGAAUGAGUAGAUAAUAUCUGAGGCUUAACCUGCCAAAUACUUAUUGAAUUAUUUAAAUUCUUAGAUUGUCACUAAGAGGCAACGAAAAAUGUCAAAAGAUAAAUUUGAAACAGAAGAACAGUGCAUUUUAUUCCCUAAUGUCCUGGCACAAUGUUUGAAAAAGACUCUACAGAACAACAUGUUUACCCCUUUAUCCACUCAUUCUGUCUGACCAUUCUUAAAAUUAACGUUUAGCAGUAUCACCCCCCCCCCCCCCCCCGGUAUUCCGACCUGAUAUCCUGGGCCUUUUUAGUCCUUCUGCUGCCUGUGAUUGAAAUUGCACAAUAUCCAAGCUGCAAUCUGAUUAGUUUUUUUACUUCCUGUAUACUUGAACGUCUCUCCUUUGACUGUUGCUCCACUUAGUAAUUGGAGAGUUGUGAACUGGGGAAAUUGAGAGAAAAGCAGUGUGUGAAGAAGUACAGAGCUGGGGCAGAACUGGGCGGUUAGAGUAGAGACUAGUGAGAGAGUUAAAAGGUACUGAUAAUCAACAGGCAGGAGAUCAGCAGGCUGAGGAAAAGGAGUAGACAAGAUUGUGUGUAACACACACAAAACACUGGAGGAACUCAGCAAGCUAUGCAGCAUCUAUGGAAAAGAGUACAGUUGACGUUUCAGGCCGAGACCCUUCGUUGCCUGUACUCUUUUUCCAUAGAUGCUCCCUAGUCUGCUGAGUUCCCUUGGCAUUUUGUGUGUGUGUUGCUCGGAUUUCCAGCAUCUACAGAUCUUCUCUUGUUUAAGUUUGUGUAGCAGCAAUGGGUGUCCAUUUGUCUUCAUGAUCUAACAGGACUCUCCUGAGAAGUUAUCUGCAGUAAGGCCUGCCGAAAGUAAUGAUUUAAUCAUAGAUACUGUCAUCAGCUUCUUAGAUGCUUGAUAGAAUCAGUGUAAAUGCGAGUUGGUCAUCUACCAUUGUUCCUGUUGCCCUUUAAGAUGUGACUAUUUCUGCAGGGUACUGUUUUAUCCGAAAGCUGUCAAUAUUAAUAUCUUAAUCUCAUCAACAGUCGGUAUUAGCCUCAACACAAUUUUUACGUUCAGCUGUCAAGACCUAAUGAAGAUAGAGGCUGUAAUAUAUUAACUUCAAUUUAAAACCUAUGGUUAGAAAGCAUAAUGUAUUUUAAUAUAGCAAGGAUAAAUGUGUUGAGCUGUUUAGUCAUCUGUCCUAUGUAAAUAAAGUUAUUUGAUUCAAAUUAUUUGUACAUGCAUAGUUUUCUUUCAGAGAGCAGGUUGUGGUCCAGUACCACUGUACUAAGGACAGAUUCAAUGUUUCAGUCUGUGCCUCAAUCGUUAGGGAUCAGGCUAAAAUGUUGUCUUCUGAUUUGUGCAGCAAAGGAGAUAAAAUAGAACAAUACUGCAACUUCCUCAGUUGGUCAGAGAGGGUAACAUUAAUGGUACAGGAUGCUGGUUUGUUUUUGGACCAAUUAAGGCAAGGUGAGCAUUUAAUCCUGACAGUUGUCAAAGUUGAGUUGAUUGUCAGAUGCACAAGCACAUGGCUGCACAGGUGCAAUGAAAAACUUACUUGCAAUAGCAUCACGGUCACAAAGCAGAAUUUAUAAUAAAAAUAUAAAUUAACCAAUUUUUACAAUAAAGAACACAAUUAGAACCAAAAAAGCCCAUCUUAGUGGAAAAUAUCCAAAGUGGUCAUGGUGUACUAAACUGUAGUGGCAGGUUCAUCAUUUCUGUGAGAGCCUGGUGAAGGAAGUCAUUGAAUUAAAACUAGAGUGAAACAAUUUUAAUAUAGAUGAAAGUCUAAGUAAGAACUGGAAUUCGAUUGUAAACAAGGUGGGACAGCAGAAACCUGAUUGGGUGAGGACUAACCAGUCAGGAAGGUUAGACAAUGAGAGAAUAUAUAACCACCAGACUAGAUAUGCCUGGGCAUCAUCCCUGAUGAAGCUGGCAGAGUUUGUCAUUGAAACGUCAGUUAAAAUGUAUACCGUACCUGCUGGAAGCCUGAGAAGACUUUAUUUGCUCAAAGCUUUGUUUGAAGUAUGAUAUCUCCACUGACACCUGUGAACCUUGGAACCACAAAUACGUGAAGUGGAGAAAAUGCAUUUGGGAUAAUAUUGAGAACCAUGACUCUGAACUGGGAGCCAGAGCAGGCGUCCAACACUUUACAUUUCAGCUCUCCCUCAUCAGCCAACUCAGACCCACAGAACCAGAGUGGAACAAGCCACCCCCUGAACCCAGGCAGGUCACCUAGACCUCCAUAAUAAUUUCAAACAUCCAACAAGAGGUAAGACCAAGCAAACCUGCUCUACAAACAAGCAGAGUUUUGAUUAAGAAUAUUUUAUUGAAGGUAUUUUGUCAAACAAUAAUAAAUGCAACAAAAGACAAAGUCAAACAAUAUUACAAGAUAUACAGAGGCACCAGUCCUUGAUAAAAAUAAAAUUGCUUUAAGGAAAGCCUCGGUGUAUAAAAAUACCACAUGACUUAUUUAAAUAUUACUAUAUACAUUGACAUGGGAAAUAAUGUCCCAAUAUUAGGAACAGAGUACUACUUUACCAAGGGGGGAGAGAGGGGCUAUGGUUCUAUGCACCUGAUAAAUCACCAAAAAAAGGCCACCAGUUUAGUCUAGAUGGAAUUCCACACAGUGUUUCACAAGACACACGUAAUAAAACAAACAUUUGAUUUAUUGUCACCAUAAACCAAUGACACCAAUUGCACAUUUGACCCCACCAGAACAUGACAAAAUUGUAGUACGACAUAAACAAGAAAUCCCUGUGGCCUUAAACGGCAAAAUUACUAGUCAGUUCUACAACUUCUCUGUAGCACCCAAUGUAUAAAACAGUCAUGAUCUUAAAUUCAGACUAAAAUUAGGUGAAAAUUCUAAUCUGUUUUAAUAAAAUGCAUCUGACUAAAUGUGCAAAAUGCUACUUGGAAAAUCUAAAAAAGUCAUUGUUAAAUUAGCCAUCUGCUUAACUAAACAUUCCAAUAUUGUCACUCCCUCAUUAAAAGCACCAACACCUUUGAAAGUGUUUGACAAAAAUAUGUACAUUGAAGUGCAAUAUUAUAGAGGCAAAUGCAGCAGCUAUUUGCAUGCUACAAGGACUCACAAACAUGUUAACAUUAGAUAGUUCUUAAGUUUCCGACUGUAUUAUUUGGGAGAAUAAUAUUCAGGUCAGCAGAAGAAUUUAAUACCCAGACAAUGGAAGAUAAAGAUAUCCUAUGCACUUUCAAAAAUGGAGCAUUUCUACAAGAUUUGUAGAACAUGGGCUCAAAUGGCUGGAGGAGUCAAAUGCACAACCAUUUGAGCCAGAGGUAUCAUUAGCUGAUUUUAUGAUUACUCUCCAUCUUAAAUUCUACUGAGAAUCCCAGGAAUUAUGCUGAUAGCUUUGCAAAAAGAUUACCAAUGCCACAUAACAUAUAGAGCAAAAACAUGCAACAUGGGAAGUUUUUAAGAUCAAAUUCUUUCCCUAACAACACCACAUGCAAAUUUACUGAGACAAAAUAAAAAGCCACAGGAGAAUUUCAGGUACCUGGCCACCUUCCAGUCCCUGGCAGCAGAAUGGUUCAUGGCACAAAGAAGUCCUGAUGAAAAGGAGGAAGUCAGUAAAUGGGGAAAACAAGAUAGUUUGCAGUUGUUUUAUGGAACAUUUUUGAUUUCACGGCUUCAUAGAUUGGACCUAUAUCAUCUUACUACGCAAACUAGGUAAAUGCCUGCGGGAGACAGGCGUAGACCGUUUAGUACUUGUGCCAAAUCAGUAUCACAUAUCCAUCAGAGAUUUGGUUGGUUCUGUUGGUAAUUAAUUCAUAUGUUGCAGUUGGAGUUCCUGCCCUUAUAGUGGAGAGUCAUCACUAAUGCUACUAUAUCCUACAAAGCUGCAGUGAAACAAAAAAGAACAAAUAUGAUUCUAAAGGAUAAGAGCUUAAAUGAAGAUCAGAUGGAAAUUAAUUGCAUUAGUGGGUAAAAUAUUUGUUUUUCUUAAUGGAAUUAACUUUGUCUCAACUUUAUUAUCAGUCUACUGAGUGCAUGCUUCAGUUCCAUUACAUCUCACACAUAGACUACAAUUAAGAAUCUAAAAGCAUUUUGUGCAUCAGGUUCACUGUGCUGAUUUUUAGAGCUCCUGUCUUCUACUAAAAACAAAUGGACACACAGUAUUAUGUCACAAAUGUUAGGAAUACAAAGAAUUUUCAAAGAAGCCAGAAACUACAGUAACCUCAUGCAAAGUAGACAUAAAGGCUGACUCAUCAAAACAUCCCUCAAUGUUAGCCACUUCUGUUUCUCCAACUUCUAAACAAAGCCAAGUUAAUGAAACUUCCAUCAAGGUUCUACAUAACAAAACAGUAAUCUGUCUCUUAUAGCAAAAUUACAGCACAGGAGGUGGCCAUUCAUCCAUCAUGUCAAUUCUAGUCAAAGAAGCAAUUCAGGCCAGAUCCACCUUGCAGCAUUAGGACUGCAGCUAUGCAGUUCACAAUCCUUCAAGUACUGUUUAAAUGUGAUGAGGUCUCCUGGCUCUACUUUCAGGCAAUGAGUUCCAAUUCCACAACCCCUGCAUGCAGAACUUGAACUUCCACGCU